UGCCCUAAACCCAAAUUUACUAUAAACCUUCUUUCUAGUGUUAAAAACCUCCCUGAAGUUAGAUAUAAAAGCUGCUCGUACGCUUUCCUAAUUCCCUCUCUUAGAGCGCAUAGCAAGAAAACACAUUUAACUACGUGAAAUACAAGCGAGUGUUGAAUUAGUUUGACACUACCUAUAUUAGUUACAAAGUUACAUCAAAAGUGAAGCAAUUCUUUCCCGCCAUACAACUGAGAAGGUCGAUAGAGCCAAUGGCUACCGAAGCACUUCCAAACGACACUCGAGUCCUCAUCGCUCACUUGCCAUCUAAGAUUUUAGGAAAGGGUGCUUCAGUUAGCAAUGUCGAAGGCCAAAUACUACAUCUGCGCCAUCCCAAGUCAGGAAAUCCAACCUGCUACAUCUUGAUGGAUGGAUGUAUUCAGGAGCUUCAUUGGUUUAAACAACGCUACGGCUCUUGGUUUCUUGGAGAAUAUGUUUGUGAAGAUGGAAGCCUCUAUGUUGCAACGCCAAUAGAUCCCAUCUUCAUUGUUUUACCACUUUUAGAUCAAGCUCGGAUGAAGAAGGACAAUGAACCUGGGAAGUUCAGAUCGCUUGAUGAGAUUAUGUUUGUUGAUGGUUAUCCUGGAUAUCAUCACUUGUUGCCAUUGAUGCAUAAUUCUAUAGCAGUAAUAUGUGAAGUAAAAGAAGUUGGAUCACUGAAGUUCUAUAGGUUGGAUGAUCAAAAACUUAUGGCCUGGCUAUGCUGUAAGGUAAAGAACACAACAAAUGCCUUGCCGAUGCUAAACAAACAUUAUAAUGGAUGUACAGAAGGGGAGACAAGUAAUAAUUCCAUCAUCAAUGGGUUCUGUUCAAUUCUUGAAACUUAUGAUAUUGAAGUGGAUGAAGUUAAAAUUUUGUUCCCCCAGUAGUUAGUUUCUGUCCUCAAUACA